UUAUCUUCGUGAUGUUGAUUUGUUGAUUCUGAGGUUAUGAGUCAUCAGUGUUUUGCAUUUUCGUCGGGAAAAGUCUUCCUUAAUUUCCAUUUUAUUUAUGCAAUUUAAUUUUUUCAAUAGCUUGCACGAAGGUAGAGUAGUAGAGGUGCGUGUUAAGAUAGUGAUCGCAACUAUAAUUUGACUUGUCGAGAUUGAUUCGUUGGCGUUCUGCAAGCCGAAGAUAAAUAUAGAUUUUCUCCUCAAAUAUCGCGAAUAAUCCAGAAUUUUCUAUUCUCCGCCUCUGGUGUAGUAUUUAGGGAGACGGUGUACUAAAAUUACUACAGUCGUAACAAUUUCCUCAAGAUCUAGAAACGUGUCUCAGAGAUCGAGUAAAUAUGGAAGUUAUCGACGAGGCUCUUCAGCACAAAGAGAAGGGCAAUGAGUCCUUUAAGCUGGGUGAUUGGGAGAAAGCAAUUUCGCAAUAUUCCCAGGCAAUCAAGAUUGGGGGGGAAAAUCAUAAGGAUCUGAGUGUUUUCUACAAGAAUCGGGCUGCCUGUUUCUUGAAGACGUCCGAGUUUGCCAGGGCAGAGAGAGAUUGUCUCACGGCAUUGAAGCUUACGCCCAACGAUCCUAAGGCGCUGUUCCGGAAAGCUCAAGCACUUGAAGGAUUGGAGAAGUUCGAGGAGGCCUACAAAAGUGCUCGAGAUGCGUGGAAUACUGAUCCAAAUAACAAGGCUUUGCAGCAAAUGCUGGAACGUCUCCAUGGGAUUGUCCAGGAGAGAGUGACCCAACAUAAUCUUACGUCCAACAAAGUCAGUCAGAUGGUUCAACUUGCUUUCGACUUUGCUCAGCCCUCGGAUAAACGUGUGACCGCAAUGAACAAUAUUCACGUCCUGGCCAGAGAAUCCGUAGCGGCGGAUAUCCUCUUCAAGGAUGGCAUUUUCAACCGCAUCCAGCGACUGUUGAAAGUGGAGAAGAACAACGAGAUUUACUUGAGUGCCAUCCGAACUGUUGGGGAGAUUUGCAACAAAUCCGUGGAGAGGACACAGGGUGUUCUCAAGGAUGUGGGCAUCCCGUGGUUUUUGGAGAUUAUAGACAGUUCUUUGGAAGAUCGUGUGAACGCUGCUCAGCACUGCAUGCAAACUAUUUUGAAUACAUUCUCAGGAAUGGAGAACAAAGUAGACAGCAAACCAGUGAAAGCUCUCUGUGAUGAGCAUCAGAAGGAGAUUGACACUCUUCUGUCUUGUCUUCUCUACUCGGUGACAAAUCCUACAAUAUCUGGUUUGGCAAGGGAUGCAAUCAUUCAGUUGAUUACAAGGAAUAUUCACCAUACGGCUCUAUCCUGGGCAGAAAGACUGGUGGAACUGAAUGGUCUAUGGCGACUUAUGGAGAUCUGCAGUGAAUUGGAGGAGUACAAGUAUGAGAGCGCCAUGAACAUCACAUCCUCUUCGAGGACCAUAGCUUCCGUAUGUCUGGCCAGGGUGUACGAGAAUAUGUAUUACGAUGCUGCCAGGGAGCGAUUCCAUGCGCAGAUUGAUGAGUAUGUGAAGGAUAAGCUGCUUUCGCCUGAUCUGGAGUCAAAAGUGCGUGUUACUGUGGCGAUUACAUCUCUCUUGCUGGGUCCCCUUGAUGUGGGUAACACUGUUGUCUCCCGCGAGGGCAUUUUGCAGAUGAUUCUAGCAAUGGCGUCCAUGGAAGAGGAUCCACUGCAGCAGAAAGUGGCCUGUGAGUGCCUUAUUGCAGCAGCAUCGAAGAAGGAUAAGGCAAAGGCCAUCAUAAGUCAAGGCAUCGACAUACUCAAGAAACUCUAUACGUCGAAAAAUGAGGGAAUCAGAGUGAGAGCUCUCGUAGGACUUUGCAAAUUGGGCAGUUCUGGUGGUCUGGAUGCAUCGAUCAGACCAUUUGCCGAUGGAUCAACGAGUAAACUCGCUGAAGCUUGUCGGAGAUUCCUCGUGAAGCCAGGAAAGGACAGGGAUAUUAGAAAGUGGGCAGCCGAAGGACUCUCAUACUUGACUCUGGACGCAGAGGUGAAGGAGAAACUGAUUGAGGAUCGUCCAGCUAUUCAGGCACUGAUUGAACUCACAAAAGAAGGGGAUCAAAGUGUCCUGUAUGGCGUGGUCACCACAUUUGUGAAUCUCUGCAAUGCCUACGAAACCCAGGAGAUUGUGCCUGAAAUGCUGGAAUUGGCAAAGUUUGCCAAGCAUCACAUCCCUGAAGAACAUGAACUCGAUGAUCCGGAUUUCAUUAGUAAACGGGUAGUUAUCCUCGGAAAUGAGGGUAUUACAACAGCUCUGGUGGCCUUGGCGAAGACAGAUAGUGACAAUUCUAAAGAAUUGAUCGCGAGGGUUUUCAAUGCGCUCUGUGGACAGCAGGAGAUCCGUGGAAAGGUGGUGCAACAUGGUGGAGCGAAGGCACUUCUCCCGAUGGCACUCCAAGGUACCGACAAAGGGAAACGCCAAGCCGCCCAGGCGCUUUCUCGUAUUGGCAUCUCGAUAAAUCCUGAAGUGGCUUUUCCUGGACAGAGAUCAUUGGAAAUUGUGCGACCUCUGCUUAAUCAACUCCAUCAAGACUUCACGGCGCUGGAGAACUUCGAGGCGAUGCUGGCGCUUUGUAAUCUCGCCUCUCAAAGUGAAUCUGUGCGACAGCGCAUACUCAACGAGCAGGGCCUCUCCCGAAUCGAGAUGUAUCUGAUGGAGGACCACUUGAUGCUGCGCCGAGCGGCGGCACAGUGUAUCUGCAAUCUCACCAUGUCAUCUGAUGUGGUGAAGGCUCACGAAGGAAGCAACGACAAAAUCAAGUUUCUCGCAUUGCUCAGCGAGGAUGAGGAUGAGGAGACUGCUGUGGCAGCUUCAGGCGCUCUUGCCAUCCUCACGUCCACCAGCGAUAUGUGCUGCAAGAAGAUCUUCGAUGUGCAAGCGUGGCUGGAGGUUGUGCACACGUGGAUCGCCAAUCCAAGUCCGCAAGUGCAACAUCGCGGUGUUGUGACGAUUCUCAACAUGAUCAACAGUGGCAAAGAGACCGCCCAGAAGCUCUUCGACACGGACGUGAUGGAGCUCCUGAUGGGCUUGUCACAGUUGCCAGACGACAGUCGUGCCAAGGCAAGAGAGACAGCCAUGCAGUGCCUCAAAGCAGCUGAAAAGUACCAGCUGAUCGAGAAGUCGGACGAGCCCGCUCCAAUUCCGGACGUUUUCAAAGAGGAGGAAGAACGGCUGCGACAGGAGCAACUCGAGGAGCAAUACACAUAGGUAAAAAUGCAU